GACGAUACCCGAAGCGCACAAGUCAAGCCCCUAGCAGCUGCAUCUUCCUCUGCGAUGAUGGGGGCGUUCCCAGGUGCACGGAUAGUGGCGACGACUUUAAUUUUGUUUUCAGCAGCGUUUCUGAUUGAAGGUAAGAUUUACUUAGUUCCAUCUUUAUGAGUUUAUUCUAGAAUACAGUAAAGAAACAGACUCGAGUUACUUGAGAAUUUUAGGGGGUGGGGUGGGGGACAUCGAAACAGUUUUCAACUCGCGAUAAAACUUGGCACUGAAUAAAAAAUUAAGCGCACCACUCGAAGCAGUACAUUUUACCCUUAUUUUUACCAUACACAAUUUACAUCCUCAGUGUGAACUUUUGAGUUCGAUGUUCUCCUCCUUCUGGUGGACUGUAGUAUCAAGGGUCAUCAAGUAGUUUAGUUUACGCGUACCCGUUUAUCCCUUGUGACACUACUGAAUGUUUUUUUUGAUUUUCUUAAAAGUUUACGGGCUGCUUAACUAUCUUUAACAAAAGUCUCGUCUUGUUUAAAUAAGUCAGUAAUUUGAAAACACGCAGAGCUGCCAGUUUGUAGAAAAUAGCUUGUGACCGACCCGAAAUGAACCGCCAUUCCACCUCGCUAAUUGUUCCAUUACCCACUUGUCAACAAUUUCCACUUUCAGGACAAAGUCUUCUGCAACAUGGAAAGGUUAAUUUCACCGUCGUAUCUCCAAGCCUGCUCCACUGCAGAACCGUGCAAUAUCCUCAGGUAUUUUCCAGCUCCAGUAACAUCCGUGUUCUCGCAUCCAUCAGCCAUGAAAAUGAAUCGCUAAGUGUACACGAUUCAGCGGUCGUUUGGACUACAGAUGUGACACAGAAC